CGGGAAUGUAAACAAAGAAGCGCCGGCUGUGUACUGUUGUGGCUGACUACGUUCGAAAAAUACGUCCAUUUCGCACCGACAACUUUCUUCUUUGCUUGCUCAGCUUCCUUCUCCAUAAUGCAAUGAACAUGAUUGAAACAGAUUCACGAACACAGAUGUCCAGAAUACUGUGGAAUUAUGAAAUGAAAACAGAGCUUUUUCGUAUUGGCUUCAAUGUGGAAGGCAUACCCGUGUUCGCCGGUCGACGUCACGCGCAUACGUCAUCCUCAGAGGCGUUUCGAACCGGAAGUUUAGCGGCAAAUUUAAAAUGUCACUUUAUAAGUUAACCCGGCCGUAUUGGCAUGUGUUAUAAUGUUAAGAUUUCAUCAUUGAUAUAUAAACUAUCAGACUGCGUGGUCGGUAGUAGUGGGUUUCAGUAGGCCUUUAAUAAUACUAACACAUCAUUAACAUGUUAGCUUAUUAGCUCAUGCUAACAACGGUAGUUUAAUUACAAUACAACAGCAUGUACAAACAUGCAUGAAAACUCCUACAGACAUCACACAUCGGACGGUUUAGUAACUAUGAAUUGUUUUAGUUAUAUUGUAAAACUUACAAAUGCUUCUCGGAGUGAUGAAUGAAGAAUCCGUACGAAUAGACACGCUAGAAGACGGAAAAGCACUUCUACUUCCGGUUGAAAGGACUAAAUGGAAGGACUUGUCUAAAAGAUGGCGCCAUAGCACAAACAUUAACACACCUUAUUAGUGUGUUUGCUUUGUUUUUUGGGUUUUUUAACUAUUUGCAUUAUGGCAAUCUGCAAAAAAUUUUUUAUAAAUUUUCUGCACUGUUUUAUAAGAUGCAGGGGUCAAAGCAUAGGGGAAAAACGGCUGCAUUAUGGCCAUCAGCAAAGAAAAAAUUAUAAAUUAUCUGCACUGUUUUAUAAGAUGCAGGCGUCAAAGCAUAGGGGAAAAAAAUAGCUGCUUAUAGUCCGGAUUUACGAUACUGUGGUGACUAUUCUUGAUCCGUCCUGAGCUGCAACGCACUACAUUAUAUGGGUCUCCAUUUCAUUUGUUUUGUAUUUGUCACGGCGCGGGCUCAAACUCGCUUUUCCCCGGCAGCUGGGUCUUCCAGCACCUCCGCUGGCAGCGCGCCGAGACACGCCCCUGCUUGCGCUGGCCGCGUCACGCCCACAUGCCUGCAAGGCUGUGGGCAAUCUGCACACCUGGGACCGAUAAGGGCGAGCUGGAUAAAGGACCAGUGGACCCAAGGAUCCUUGCUGGAACUUAGUUACCCUUUGUAUACCGAAAGCCGACAAGCCUUAUGCUCUCUGUCUCUCUCUGCGUUUUUCCCUCCGUGUUCUGAUGUCCUUGUUGUCCUCCCACAGUGCCUUCCUGAGUCUUACCCAUUGUGAUCUACCGUUGUUCCCUUGUGGAUUUGGACUGCCUUCCUUGAUCCUCGACCCUCGCCUGGACACGGACCUUGUCACUUCUCUCCUGCCCUCGACGGUUUGCUUGUGCACGGACUGCCUUACUGCUUAGUCCCUCCUCUCGCUCUCCUCAACACUAGACGUCCAGCAGCCCCCCCACGUUAAAGAGGAAGAGGAGGCUCCACAGCCCCCCCACAUGAAAGAGGAAGAGGAGGAAGUGUGGAUCACUCAGGAGGGAGAGUGUCUUCUAGGGCAGGAGGAGGAUGAUGUCACCAAGUUUCCACUGACUGUUGUCUCUGUGAAGACUGAAGAGCAUGAAGACAAACCACCUGAGUCCUCACAGCUUCAUCACAGUCCAAUCAUCCAGCAGCAGCUUAAAAGUCAAGAACAAGGUGUCCCUCGAUUGCAGGGAGGGGGCUUCACUUUGUGGCGGGUAAAUGCAUGGGCCCCCUGUAUUAAAGAGGAAGAGGAGGAGCCACAGCACCCUCAUUUUAAAAAGGAAGAAGAGGAGCCACAUUCCCUUCAUUGUAGAGAGGAUGAUGGGUCACGUUCGCCCCGUAUUAAAGAAGAGGAGCCACAGCCACCUCAUUUCAAAGAGGAAGGGGAGGAGCCACAUCCCCCUUACUCUAAGGAGGAAGAGGAGGAAGUGUGGAUCACUCAGGAGGGAGAGUGUCUUCUAGGGCAGGAGGAGGGUGAUCCCACCAAGUUUCCACUGACUGGUGUCUCUGUGAAGACUGAAGAGCAUGAAGAGAAACCACCUGAGUCCUCACAGCUUCGUCACAGUGCAGGUGAGGAGAAGAGAGAGGCGGAGCCUCCAAGCAGCAGCGCAACACAACACAUGACAACAGAAGCUGAUGGAGACCACUGUGGAGGAUCACAAGCUGUCCAUGUUUUAGCUCCACUAUCAGAUAGUGAGGACACAACGUCGCGGGUUCAUGUAAAUAUGGAGUCACACACCAGAAAAAACCCUUUCAGUUGUUCAGUCCGCGUGGAAAGACUCCCGGUCAAAGAUUACAUGCCAUCGCACCUGAGAACGCACACAGGAGAAAAACAUUUCAGUUGUCCAGUGUGUGCUAGAAUCUUCCGUGUCAAAGGUAGCAUGCAGAGACACACCAGAACACACACAGGAGAAAAACCUUUCAGUUGUUCAGUGUGUGCGAAACGCUUGUGUGACAAGAGGAGCAUGCAAAGACACAUGAGAACGCACACAGGAGAAAAACCUUUUAGUUGUUCAUUAUGCGCUAAAAGAUUCUCUCAUAAAAGUAGCUUGCAAACACACAUGAGAACUCACACGGGAGAAAAACCUUUCAGUUGUUCAGUGUGCGGUAAAAGAUUCUCUGAAAAGAGUAAAGUGCGAAAGCACAAAAGAACACACAUGGGGAAAAAGCCUUUCAGUUGUUCGGUGUGCAGUAAAAGAUUCUCAGAGAAAGGUCACCUGCAGAGACACAAGAGAACGCACACGGGAGUAAAACCGUUCUGUUGUUCAGAGUGUGGCCGACGAUUCAGUGAAAAAGAAAGACUGCAGAGACACAUGAGAACCCACUCAGGAGAAAAACUGUUCAGCUGCGUAGUGUGUGGUAAAAGAUGCUCUGACAAAAACAGCAUUCAAAUACACAUGCGGACGCACACAGGGGAAAAACCCUUCAGUUGUUCGGUGUGUUCGAGAACAUUCUGUGACAAAAGUGUAAUGCGGAGACACGAGCGCACGCACACCGGAGAAAAGCCGUUCGGUUGUUCGGUGUGCGCCAAAAGAUUCUGUGUCAAAGAAAGCAUGCAAAGACACGCGAGAACGCACACAGGAGAAAAACCUUUCAGUUGUUCAGUGUGCGGUAAAAGAUACUCUGACAAAAGCACUAUUCAAAAACACAUUAGAAAGCACACAGGAGGCAAACCUCCCAGUUCAGUCUGUGGAAGUCCUCUUUAAAUGGACCUUAUAGUCAGUAAAGUCAAGCCCGGCUCAUUAAAUAUGUGUGGUGGUCUGUUCUCAAUGGGUACGAGGCACCAUUUUGCCUAUUCUUGAAGAAACAUGACCUAUGCGUGCAUUGGUUUCGGUUGUACGAACUGUUCGAAUCGCGAAAUGGAUAAAUGUUUCUUCAGAGUAAGGCAGGCUUAUGUUGUGCUAAAAUAAAUUAAGUAAAUUAAUAAUAUAAUAUAUGGCAGCACGGUGGAAGAGGGGUUAGUGCGUCUGCCUCACAAUACGAAGGUCCUGGGUUUGCUCCUGCGCUCGGGAUCUUUCUGUGUGGAGUUUGCAUGUUCUCCCCGUGACUGCGUGGGUUCCCUCCGGGUACUCCGGCUUCCUCCCGCCUCCAAAGACAUGCACCUGGGGAUAGGCCCCUCCCGCCUCCAAAGACAUGCACCUGGGGAUAGGCCCCUCCCGCCUCCAAAGACAUGCACCUGGGGAUAGGUUGAUUGGCAACACUAAAUGGUCUCUAGUGUGUGAAUGUGAGUGUGAAUGUUGUCUGUCUAUCUGUGUUGGCCCUGUGAUGAGGUGGCGACUUGUCCAGGGUGUACGCCGUCUUCUGCCCGAUUGUAGCUGAGAUAGGCUCCAGCGCCCCCAAAGGGAAUAAGCGGUAGAAAGGCCCUUUCUCUCUGCUUGCUUCUUUGUCUUGUCUUAACUUUCUUGUUGCCUCUUUUUGCACUGCUCUCCAAAUCUAAACAUUGGAACUAUUUAACUGGCCUCAACGAAAUUGACAAGAUCUUGGGUUCGGGAGAACCUGCUUGUCGUGACGAAGCGGUUGUUGCUGGACACACGACGGACUCUUGGGAGUAGAAGGAGUGCCGCGUGCUUGGCGACCCUUUUCUGUGGAGGACGUGAAGAUACCCACCUAUUCGGAAUUAUGACAACAGGACAUCUUCUGAUUGGAGUAAGCGUUGCUCUGGUUUGUCGACAAAUUGGAAGUUGCUGGCAGUCUUCAAAGUACCCCAAAGCUGCCACAAAGGAUUGGAGGAUGCGGGAACAACUGUGGACACUCUUGUGAUUUUGGAUCACAUCGGACUGUCUGCCCCGCAGUUUUGAGGACCAGUCAUAGACAAUUUAGAGUGAAAAGCAAAUUUUAUUUUCACUCGCAUACAAAACAUUCUAACUUGGAUUGUUUCCCUGGCUUGGAGACUCUCCCGAAGGACAGUGCGGCGAAGACACAACAAACUCCCUUCUUGUCUCUCAUGGACACACACCUGUAGUUGUUGACUUUGGACUGACUGGCAAGAACACCAAGGCCGCGGAAGCUCAGACACAUUACGGGCUUACACACACACUUGCAACCACAAAAAUAUACGCCACACACACAUACUCCAACCCCCAAUCCAACGCCCUCGACGCAAAUCCCAUAGGGGUGAUGAGCCCCUGAGAGCUGCGGCCUACCAUCAUGACCUCGCCCUUCCCUCUGUUGCUAGAUAUCUCGAGUUGUACGUUGUAAUAUGUAUAUGUGCUUUGCUAUGGAGGUUUUUUUCCCACUCCAGACUGGGCCCCCUUAUGAGCCUAGUCUGGAGUGGGAAAAAAACCCCUUAGGAGCCCAGUCUAGAUUGUAUUUUUUUACUCAUCCUUCCCCAGCGUUUUACCUAUUUCCCAUAUUUUACGGGGCGACUUGUGGCGACCCAUCAGCGUUCCUGUUCUGUAACCCUGCACACUGUUUGUUUGUCUCAUCUUGAACGGGUUUGUGCUGAAAACAAAGUUUUGUUGUACUUGUGCAAUGACAAUAAAGACCUACCUACCUACUUACCUAAAAUGGAUGGAUGGACAUACAUACAUGUAUGUAUGUACACUACCGUUCAAAAGUUUGGGGUCACAUUGAAAUGUCCUUAUUUUUCAAUGAAGAUAACUUUAAACUUGUCUUAACUUUAAAGAAAUACACUCUAUACAUUGCUAAUGUGGUAAAUGACUAUUCUAGCUGCAAAUGUCUGGUUUUUGGUGCAAUAUCUACAUAGGUGUAUAGAGGCCCAUUUCCAGCAACUAUCACUCCAGUGUUCUAAUGGUACAAUGUGUUUGCUCAUUGGCUCAGAAGGCUAAUUGAUGAUUAGAAAACCCUUGUGCAAUCAUGUUCACACAUCUGAAAACAGUUUAGCUCGUUACAGAAGCUACAAAACUGACCUUCCUUUGAGCAGAUUGAGUUUCUGGAGCAUCACAUUUGUGGGGUCAAUUAAACGCUGAAAAUGGCCAGAAAAAGAGAACUUUCAUCUGAAACUCGACAGUCUAUUCUUGUUCUUAGAAAUGAAGGCUAUUCCACAAAACUGUUUGGGUGACCCCAAACUUUUGAACGGUAGUGUAUAUGUGUAUGUAUGUAUGUAUGUACGUACACAUGCACAAAAGCAGUGCAAGAGAAGCAACUAACUAUUUGCAAUCAUGUUGUUAUAACAGAAUACAAACACAAUGCUAGUUCAUUUUAGCUAUCCAAAUCGCUGUCGUUAGUUAACAACAUACAAAACUAAUGCACAUGCACAUCUUACAUACGUACAUAGUGUACGUCAUUGCGUCCUUAAAGCAGUCAGGGUACAAUACUUAACAUACAUUGGAAAGUUACAUUGGGGACGGCGUGGCAAAGUUGGUAGAGUGGCUGUGCCAGCAAUCGGAGGGUUGCUGGUUACUGGGGUUCAAUCCCCACCUUCUACCAUCCUAGUCACGUCCGUUGUGUCCUUGGGCAAGACACUUCACCCUUGCUCCUGAUGGCUGCUGGUUAGCGCCUUGCAUGGCAGCUCCCUCCAUCAGUGUGUGAAUGUGUGGGUGGAUGUGGAAAUACUGUCAAAGCGCUUUGAGUACCUUGAAGGUAGAAAAACACUAUACAAGUAUAACCCAUUUAUCAUUUAUUUAAAGUUAGCGCCCUCUGGCAUCUGUGUAAAGGUUACAAACAUCCCCUUUAAAUAGAACUGUUAUAAUAAAUAGGGAUGCCAGAUUAUGGCAUUAAUUGUGAUUAAAUAAUUACAGCCUGUGAUCAAAGGUUCAAUCUGUAUCAUUAUUGUCUCUGUAUGCCUGCGACUCUGCGACUUUCCUCGCCCGCUUCUUGUUGGGGUGUAAAACAAUAAGUGUCUAUGAGAAGUAGUUGGCCUUCCAAAAAAGGAAUAAGAAACAUGUCAGCAUGGCUGCUUUGUCCUCUGUAGCCUCCUAGAAGUGACUCUUUGAUGUUCUUUAAUCAAUCAAUCAAUCAAUGUUUAUUUAUAUAGCCCUAAAUCACAAGUGUCUCAAAGGGCUGCACAAGCCACAACGACAUCCUCGGUACAGAGCCCACAUACGGGCAAGGAAAACUCACCCCAGUGGGACGUCAAUGUGAAUGACUAUGAGAAACCUUGGAGAGGACCGCAUAUGUGGGUAACCCCCCUAGGGGAGACCAAAAGCAAUGGUAAACAAGGAUUGUUAUGAUCUUCUUUCUACAGCACUGUGAUUGGGGCUCUGUUUUAUUUUAUUUUAUUUUAUAUGGAAAAAAAACAACAAGUUCAAUGUUGAAAAGAAGUGUUUUUACUGUUGUUAGAUCGUAACUUCAGCGUUUUAUAUUGACCCGAUGUUUUAUUUUAGUAA